GUGUUACAUCGCUGCAUGAAUGCCCAAAUGUUAAUUGCUGGGCUCCGUUGGAAGGGACAAACGUCAUCUGUGAGCUCUUGAAGAGGCUGCUACAUGUUCGAUUUCAGGUAGUUCAGUUGUUCGAUAAUAUACAGCGCUGAGAUUUGCUGGAGAAAAGUCGUAGCGUCGGGGGAUUCGACAGCUUUCUUGGGCUUUGCUACGUUGCAGAAAACUGAACAGUCUUCGUCUGUGCUUCUGUCAAUAUAUUCAUGACGUUUUACCUGGCAGCCGGUGCGAUGUGCAUGCGGAAGCUCAUCGAUGUUAAGGUUUGCGACCAUAGAGGGAUGGUGGUCCUCACCUGUACAUGAUAACUUUUUCAAAUGAAACAUCGGAAUGAGUGUGCACUUUCCUUUGCGGGUAACAGUCAAGGCUGCAUUCUAAUCUGCGGCUUUUACUGCUCUUGAUCCGUGCGUGAUGCCUAGAGUUUAGCGUUUAUGCAUUUCGUGCAUCAUCAUAAUUGAAACGUUCUUCUGGUGAGUCGACGUGGUCAUGGGGUUGGCGUACAUCACUACACGGCAUAUCAACCAGGCCGUGAUGAGAAUUCAGAGGUGAAGGGUUGAGAAUGAAACGUGUUGAAUUUUGAAGAGAAGACACCCGAAAGGUUUUGUGAGACCUACUGAAAGUGUUGCAGUUCUGAGCCGUGAGGGGAUUUGCACCAACAGUUGGAAGAAAAUGGUUGCCAACGGGCAGGGGAAGGCUAUGGCAUUCAGUGGUCUCCGAGGUAUUGGAGAUGAGUUGCCUCCGGACUAUGCCGACCAUGACCCGAAGGACACCAGGGCUCAAAGGCGGUGCGGAAUUUUGCUCCACCCGUCAUCUCUGCCGGGGGAGUUCGGAAUUGGAGAGCUUGGAGACGAGGCAUUCGCGUUUUUAGACUGGUUGCAGUCGACGGGGUGUACCGUCUGGCAGGUUUUGCCCUUAGGACCGCCUGGAAGAAAAGGCGGUGAAGAUGGUUCCCCUUACGCAGGAGCUGACGCCAAUUGUGGCAACCCACUGCUUCUUUCGUUGCAUGAGCUUGUUAAGGACGGAUUACUGGAGAUUUCUGACCUACCGGCCCCUUUACCAUUCGGCAAAGUUGAUUUCGAGGCAGUGGCGAAGAUGAAGGACCCAUUGAUUGCGAAAGCAUCUAUAAAUCUCGUCAACAGCAGUGACCCUUUGCGGGAGGACCUUGACAAAUUUAGAACAAACCCCCAAAUCUCCACUUGGCUUGAGACUUCCGCACUGUUUGCUGCCAUAGACGAUGCUAUUGGCGCACAAUACUGGUGGCAGUGGCCCGAAGAGUUGCGCGACAGGAACACACAGGCUCUUGAAUCUGCGCGAGAAAAGUAUCACAAUUUCAUUACACAAUUUAUCGCAGUGCAGUUCUUGUUUCAGCGGCAAUGGCAAGCGGUUCACCAAUAUGCAAAUUCUAUUGGUAUCCGAAUAAUUGGAGACAUGCCCAUCUACGUCGGGGGCCACUCAGCCGACGUUUGGGCUAACAGGCAAAUGUUUGAGCUGGAUCCCCAGACGGGCGCUCCAGCGAUGGUGAGUGGUGUCCCGCCAGACGCAUUUUCUGAAACCGGUCAGCUAUGGGGUAGUCCUCUCUACAAUUGGAAGGAGAUGGCGAAAGAUCGCUAUUCGUGGUGGGUUAAGAGGAUGAGGCGCGCAUUCGAGCUUUUCGAUGAGUUUCGAAUCGACCAUUUCAGGGGCCUGGGGGGAUACUGGGCUGUCGAUGCGGCAUCCGACACGGCGCUGAACGGGAAAUGGCUUCAAGGGCCAGGCGAAGAUUUCUUCAAUGCCAUUCGCGACGCCGUUGGCAAGUUGGACAUCAUCGCGGAAGAUCUUGGUGUUCUAACCCCUGACGUGUUGGCGUUGCGGAAGAAAAUUCACGCGCCAGGAAUGGCGGUGCUGCAAUUUGCAUUCGGUGGUGAUGCUGACAAUUCGCAUUUGCCUCAUAACCAUGACGUGGAUCUAGUCAUCUACACUGGCACUCACGACAAUGAUACCGUGGUGGGAUGGUGGACGAAGGUGGGGCAAGCCGAGGGGAACCACGUGAGGCAGUAUUUCAAAAUAGAAAGCGAUAAGGACGUGCACUGGGAGCUCAUCAAGGGCGCCCUCUCUUCCGUGGGACUCACUGCCAUUCUCCCAAUGCAGGAUCUGUUGGGCUUGGGCUCCGAAGCCAGGAUGAACACCCCGGCAACGGUCAGUGGUAACUGGGCAUGGCGGGUUGGUGAGGUGGGUUUUUUCUCGGGGCUCAAGGCAGAGACGACGAAGCUGAAGGAGAUCUUGAGAUUUUACCAUCGCUAUCCUCGACACUUGAUAAAGAAGGAGAAGCUAGCAGAAGCAGCGCAGAGAGAAUGAAGCAAACGGCAACGAUUCUUUCCCUUGUCGUAUUUCCUCUCUCCCCUUAGCCAAUCUCACAAUCUAGACAGAAGGCCGCUACUCUUUCUUACAUGUCGUUGCAAUUCGACCUUGUUUUGAGGUUGUUGCAGAAUAGGAUCUGAACUUUUGCUUCAACUCGGAGCACCAGUCUCAUCAUGAAUCUCAUAUUUUUUUGUUAGGAUUUGAUACAAAUUACAGGAAAGUUUGUAAAUGUCGCAAACUAGGGUAUGAUUCUAGCAGCAGGUGAUGGAAUAGUGAUCUUCAGCAUUCAGCAUGCUUUGUUUCUUCCUUCUUCUAAGAGGCAGCUCCGAAGCGAGCUAUCUGUUUGUUUUGAAUAUGA